CGUAACAGCCCUCAAAGUUGCAACCCCAGCAGCAUAGCGACAACAGCAACAAUGGCCGCCUUCCGGAGAGUGGCAUCACUGGCCGGUCAGAUUCACCGUUGCUCGGUGUCGAGAAGCGAAUUCGCCGCUCGUUUAAACAGCUCCAGGGCACGGAGGUGUCUCUCUUUCGGGCUAUGCCUGGCGACGGGAGGGGCCGUGGCACUUUACUUAUACGAGGAUGUGACGAAGCGCAGAGGCGGGAAGAGAAUGGGGACUCCCAGCAUCCACAGCGUGCUGCCGUCCAUCCCCGCCGUCGAAGCCAAGGAGAAGGCACAUUCUAUGGACUUUGAGGAUGGAGAUGUGCACAUGUCGUCCCACGAACACCGCUUCCGGUUGUUCAGCUCUGUGGAAUAUGAAGGGCAGCUGUACAUGACUCCUCAGAAUUUCAUUGAGUCUGUCACGAUGAGUGAGCCAAGAAGCAAGAAGCCCUGGAGGUCCCUGACCAAACAGGAGCUGGAGAAAAUCCUAUCAGACACUCCCCCUGUAUGGAGAGGAUCGUCCAAAUUGUUCCGCAACUUGAGAGAACGAGGCAUCAUCUCAUACACAGAGUACCUGUUCCUGCUCUGCAUCUUAACCAAGCCCCAUGCUGGCUUUAAGAUUGCUUUCAAUAUGUUUGAUGCAGACGGCAACCAGAUGGUGGACAAGAGAGAGUUCAUGGUGCUUCAGGAGAUCUUCCGGAAGAAAAAUGAGAAGAAAGGGAGGAAAGGGAAUGCUGAGAAGUCUGCACAGUUGAGUAUGCAGCUGUAUGGAUAUCAGGUUGCCCCCAUGAACAGCGUGCUUAAAAAAGACAGUCAAGAGUUUGUGGCGCGGAGUUACUGGGACGUUCUGAGGCGAGGCGCCAGCCAAAUCCUCUUUUCUGACCUGGCAGAGCGUGCAGAUGAGAAUAUAACCAUUGACACCACCCUACUGGUCCAUUUUUUUGGGAAGAAAGGGAAGGCUGAGCUCACGUUUGAUGACUUUUACAGGUUCAUGGAUAAUCUCCAAACUGAAGUGCUGGAGAUUGAAUUUCUGACCUACUCCAAAGGGAUGACCACCAUCAGUGAAGAAGACUUUGCCAAGAUCCUCUUGCGCUUCACCAAUGUGGAGAAUAUCGGCGCUUACCUGGAAAAUGUCAAGCAGAGCAUACCUGAUGAAAAGGGAAUCACAUUCGAUGAGUUCCGAUCCUUCUUCCAGUUUCUCAACAACCUGGAGGACUUUGCUAUUGCCAUGCAGAUGUACAAUUUUGCUGCUCGCUCCAUCGGACAAGAUGAGUUUGCAAGGGCAGUGUAUGUGGCCACAGGUCUAAAGCUGACACGUCACUUGGUCAACACUAUCUUCAAGAUCUUUGACGUGGAUCACGAUGACCAGCUGUCUUACAAGGAGUUCAUUGGCAUCAUGAAGGAUCGGCUGCACAGAGGAGCCAGGGGAUAUAAAGCAAUGGAGCGAGCCACCUCCUUUAAAUCCUGUCUGAAAAGGGAACUGGCAAGCAGAUAAAUGAAGGGGCAUCACCCACAUCCAUGAUACCGCUGAGGCCAAGAGAAAGUGAGCUGUUGCAUGUUAAGAGGAACAAUACAGGCCGACAAAUGGAGGACGACCAUUAGUAAAUCAAGUCUGAAGCUUUACAACAGGACCAUUUGAAAAGCUGAAUACAAACUGGAAAAACAAAAUCAUCAAUAUACAGUAUUAGUUAUUGUCUAUUGAUGUUGUUUAUACAUAUACUGCACUAAUAUAUUUGCAUUAUUAUCCUGCACACUGUUUAUUUCCUCAUUCUAUGUCAUGCUCAUCUCGAUUUAUUUAUACAUUAUCUUGUUUGUUUUGAUCCUAUUUUAUGCACACCAUAUGUUUAAUGUUAUACCAAGUGUUAACAUUUCAUGAUUGUGCACAAUACAUAUUUAUUUAAAAUACUAAACAGAAAGGUACUUCCUGAAGUGUAAAAUAAUAUUUUCAAAGGUAAUAAAUUAAUCAAAAUAUAUUUCUUACGUAAGUACUUUUAUUUUAUUCUUUUUCUCUGUUAUACUUGACCUACUUUUAUUUGAAGAAUAAAUAUGCAUCUACAAUGUACAAACACUUUGAGGCACUUUCAAUACAAAACGAUUCGAGAAAUGUACAUAAUAAAUCAAAUCCUCAUACAAAACAACGGUAAAAGUAAAUAUAAGAGACUAUACAAUUGAAGAUAAAAUACAAUUUAUAAAAAAAAUUCUAUAAUAAAUAAAAACUUUUAUUUUUAUUAUUAAUAAGAACUUUUAUUUUGGUGGCAGUGACAGGCUUUUGCAUUGCGCAUGCCCAGUGAACACUCUUACGUAACCUCUUCUUUUGGACAGCCAUUAUGGAGGUUAAUUAACCCAACGGGCAGGUACAUUUUCUUUCAGGAUUUCGCAUGUUGGUCUUGGCUUUGAUACACACUGGUAGGUUAAUAAUAUUCCCUUUUUGCGGUGUUAAAUAAAUCAAUGUAAGUUACGAGUGCUCGAGUGUUUCUUAUAGGUACAAAUCCUGGCCUCACUCACAAGAGCCUUAAUUGCAGUUGUCUAGUUAGUACACUCGUCGACGUUGCUUAUGUCAGUUACGUCCUUUAAAUUAGUUGUCUUAACCCUGUGCGCUUGUUUUGUGUUUUAAUGCGGUGUGGAGUAAAACAUGUCUUACUGUUUCGUUAUUUUACUAGCUUUUAAAAGUUUUUAACUCAUUUUACGGUAUUGCCUAAAUGCUGCCUUCUAGUGUCUGAGGAGAAAACUGUUAGCUAAACUAACACAACAGACCUCGGUAGUAUAAUGUAAUAAUGUAUUUAAUUGGAGGACAGAGUCCGAAUGUUCAUACGGUGUUUUUUUCAAACCAGGUCAGCCAUAAAUGUUUUAACUAUGCUUAUCAUUCGAGCGUUUUAAUUUUACAUCAGAACUGUUAGUGCGAUGCUGUGUUUCUUUGGGGACAUUUUAAUAGACGGACCGUAUCUUUUCCCUGUUCCCCGUAUUAAGUGUGUAUUUAACAUACAGCGCCGCUACAACAUGGCACCUAUUUAUGUAAUGACAUUCUUUAUACGCUGCUUCGAAUAUGUUUUAUAAAAGGGACAAGCGGUAGAAAAUGGAUGGAUAUACGUGAUUUUGUAGUAAAAACAACUAUUAAAACACUCCAGAUCUCGCAAUGCAUUCUGGGGCGUACAUGCAGUAGCGUUCUAGAUCAUUAUAAAUAAUAUAAAGGGUUCUAAUCCGUCAAUAAUCAUAUACACGUACUUGCUUUGUUUUUUGUGUAUAAACUGUUAUUUUACAGGAGUAAACAGCAAAAGCGCCCCGAGUGAAAAAAGUAGCCCUGUAGAUGACCCGCCGUUGAAAUCCAGUGUCAGGUUAAGACUAUACUUUCAGGGAUCAUUUCUAUAGUUCUUGACUUGAGGAAUGUGUUUCUAAAGUGUUAGGUCUCGCUAACCGCGAUGAAGAGAUGAGAUAUCCCUUCCUGAACGUGAAGCUGACAUCGUAUAAUGAUUCUAUCAUACAUUCGGUGUCAUUGAUGAACGUUCAUCGCACCCUUGUGGGGUUUUGAUGGAAGGGGUAUGUUCAGAGUGGUUAUUC